CUAGAAAAAAGAUAAAACCACACUCUUUAUUUUACUUCUUUUUUCUUCGUUUGUCGGCUUCAUUAUUCUCUUCUCAAAUUUUACACACACAAAUUCAUCAUCGUUUUAUUAUUUUCUUUUUUUUGCUCUCACUUCUUUCACAAGUAACGCUUCUGCUCGUUUACUGAAUUUCAUAAUCCUCAAAGAGUGACUCAGUGAACAAACAUUGUCUAUUUAACAAGACGUUCUUGUAUGAUUCAUAGGUUGUUGUUGGUUUUCGAUUUUCGAUUCUGAGCUCAGCUGUUGUGGGAAGAAGCGGUUAGAAAUGCGGCGUCGGGCAGCCGAGUUUCGGCGCCCGAUUCGACGGAAGUUGUCUUAUGGGAUCUGCUUUCUUCUUGGAGUGUUCUCCGUUGUCGGUUUGGUUUUGUUUUUUCUUCAACAUAGUUACCAUGAAGAUCGGCUCAAACAUCCUCUUCUGGAGAGAAACAAAAAUGUUGAACAUUUUGCUACGGAUAGAUUGAAUUUUACCGAAGAAAUUUUAAGUGCGGCGUCUUUUUCGAGGCAAUUAUCAGAGGAAAUGGUUCUGGCCAAAGCUUAUGUUGUUAUUGCCAAAGAACACAAUAAUCUUCAUCUAGCAUGGGAGUUAAGCUCAAAGAUUAGAAGUUGCCAGCUUUUGCUUUCGAAAGCUGCCAUGGCCGGAAAGCCUGUCACGAAGGAGGAAGCCGAACCGAUUAUUAAAAGCCUAUCUUCUUUGAUUUUCAAGGCACAAGAUAUCCAUUACGACAUUGCAACUACUAUAGUUACAAUGAAAUCGCAUAUUCAAGCUCUUGAGGAGCGGGCGAUUGCGGCGACAGUUCAGAGCAAUGUGUUUGCUCAAAUAUCGGCCGAAGCAUUGCCGAAGAGUCUUCAUUGUUUAGAUGUGAAACUUACUUCUGAUUGGUUAAAGAAACCUUCUCUGCAAAAAAUCUCAGAUGAGACGAGAAACUCGCUCCGGCUUACGGAUCCGCAUCUAUAUCAUUUCUGCAUCUUUUCGGAUAAUGUACUGGCAACAUCUGUCGUUGUUAACUCGACAGUUCUCAACGCUGAGUAUCCAAUGCAGUUAGUUUUUCAUAUUGUAACCGAUGGUGUCAACUAUGGAACAAUGCAAGCAUGGUUCCUCGGUAACGACUUUAAAGGUGCUACAAUAGAGAUUCAGAAUGUCGAGGAUUUUCGUUGGCUGAAUGAAUCUUAUUCUCCGAUUGUCAAACAGCUUCUCAAUUCAGAAUCUCGAGCCUUUUAUUUCGGGGCAUAUCCAGAUGUAAACGCGGAACCGAAACUGCGGAAUAACAAGUUUUUGUCUUUACUAAAUCAUCUUCGGUUUUACAUCCCCGAGAUUUAUCCACAGCUUGAAAAGAUUGUUUUCCUUGACGACGACGUUGUUGUCCAGAAAGACCUAACACCGCUUUUCUCACUUGAAUUGCAUGGAAACGUAAUCGGUGCAGUCGAAACCUGUCUUGAAGCAUUUCACCGGUACUACAAGUAUCUCAACUUCACAAAUUCAAUCAUAAGCUCAAAGUUCGAUCCACAGACAUGCGCGUGGUCAUUAGGCAUGAAUGUUUUUGACUUGAUUCAAUGGAGGAAAUCAAAUGUGACAGCAAUAUAUCACUACUGGCAAGAGCAGAAUGCGGAUGGGACGCUGUGGAGGCUCGGUACACUUUCUCCUGCACUUCUUAGUUUUUAUGGUUUGGUCGAACCACUUGACAGAAGAUGGCAUGUUUUAGGACUAGGUUACGACCUAAAUAUCGAUAAUCGAUUAAUCGAAAGUGCGGCUGUUAUUCACUUCAAUGGUAACAUGAAACCAUGGCUGAGAUUAUCUAUAAGCAGGUAUAGGCCACUAUGGCACAAGUACAUAAAUCAAAGUCACCCUUAUUUUCAAGAAUGUGCUAUAGGUUAAAAUACAACUAUUUAUAGAUUAUGGAAUCACAGAUUAUUGUAGAGUCAGAAGUAGAUAAUUUUGACUUGAAAUCAUCACAAUCUCUUGAAAUAGAAAAGAAUAAAGGUUUUGCCAUUGUUGUUUUUA